AUGAUCAUAUUGCAUAAUGUUAAUGAUGAUGAUAAGAAUGGUGACUGCACUAUCAACAGCACUGACAAUCUCAAUAGAUGUGUUGAUAAGAACAAUAACGAUAAGCGCCUGAAUCAACACCCUUCCGACAUCCUCCGCCACGCCCUCUCCGCAAGCCCUGACCCGAAGGCGUCUUUGUUCCGCCAGGUGCAACCUCCCGCGCGGCCGGGUGAUCGGAGGCAGCAGCAGCAUCAACUACAUGCUGUACGUGCGCGGCAACCGGCGCGACUACGAUCUGUGGGAGUCCCAGGGCAACCACGGCUGGGGCUACGACCGUGUGCUGCCCUUUUUCAAGUACUCGGAGGACAAUGCCAACCCGACGCUCGCCGCCAACUCAGAAAAUCGCCGCAGGCCAGAGGACCAGGACUCGUUAGUAUAAGUAUUAAGCCGCCCAGGAUGAAGUGGAUGGGCGCCGCCUGCCAGGACGCCCGUAGAUCCAGCGAAUAACCAGGAAAUCGUCAGAGCAGGCCCCAGGGUGCUAUGGAAAACCGCCUGCCUGGAUGUCCAUAGAUCGGCCAAACUCCAGGAGCUCCCUAGCGCAGGAAUAAGCCGCCCUCAGAUACCGGAAAGGACGCCCCUGCUCAGACGUCCUUAGACCUAGACGCAGGUUACGAGGACAUCUGUACGAGCCGAAACCGAGAAAGACCUGGACGAAUCUAUGAGGACUGGUGGAUGAAUAACACCAGUCUGACGACCCGAAAUCGAGGAGGACCUAGGUGAAACGUGUAGACGUCAAGGAUGGAGAAUUCACCAAGGACCAAGAUGAAGAGGCCGACAAUUAGGAGCUACACAAGGAUGACCAGGAACAAGAAUGCGACAAGAUGACCAGCAGAUCGGGUCUGAGGAUGGGUCACCCUUGAGGCAAUUCAGAUGACACAUUGAGGACGAGGCGU